ACGUCAUCACUGCACGGUCUCAUGUUUACGUGGAAAACAUGGCCGCGCAUUCCUACCAAGGCGAUAGCAGUUUUUAGCUAGUGAGAGCAGGAGUAUCUCCAUGUGAGACUCCGGAACUAACGUUUCUGCAGUCCAUAUAAUUCAUCCGGAAUAUACAGUAUUUCUCAUGCAGUUGCAUUCCUUUUGUUUUAGCCGCGGAGACUAUGGAAGACGAAGAGAGGCAAAAGAAGCUGGAGGCCGGCAAAGCAAAGUUGGCUGAGUACCGGCAGAGGAAAGCUUACGCCGACUCCCAGAAGAAGCAGAAAAAGAAGAAGAAAAAGAAGCCAGACGAGGAUGCUCAGGAAACGGUGGACGACGGACAGGAUCACUCCGUGGGAAGAGAGGAUGUCUCUGUUGAAGGAAGAGAAGGCUCACAACAGGUUCCUCCCGCCACACAGUUUACUUUUGCACGGACGCUGCGGAGCGGAGACACGGUCAGGCACGACCAGACUUACACCAUAGAGCCUGAAAGCGAAGUGUCAACAACUGCCGAAGAUUAUUCAUCGGAGGUAAAUGGCUGCCAUGAGAUGUCAGAGAGCCUAUUGAUGUCCUCAGAAGAUUUGAGCUGGGAGGAGCCUGAGUCCCUUGUGACAGGCACUCUGCAGGACAUGGAGGACGCUCUUGCUGCUAAAACCCGAGCGGUGGAAGAGUUAAGUCAAGAACUUGAGGAGAUGAGGGCUGCUUUUGGGACUGAGGGUGUGCAACAGCUGCAGGACUUUGAAGCAGCGUUAAAGCAAAGGGAUGGCAUCAUCACCCAACUCACAGCAAAUCUCCAGCAAGCUCGUGAAGAAAAAGACGAAAUAAUGAAAGAAUUCCUGGAGCUGACGGAGCAGAGCCAGAAUUUGCACAUCCAAUUCCAGCAGCUGCAGGCUGGAGAAACCUUGAGAAACAGCAGCCACAGCAGCACUGCAGCAGACCUCUUCCAGGCGAGACAGCAGCUUGCCCAGUAUCAACAGCAGUUUGAGGAGAUGAACAUCACCCUUGGCCUGAAGGAGGAGAAAAGCAAUGAGCAACUUGAGCUCAUCAGUCAGCUCCAGCUCCAGCUCACUGAAGUUGAGAUGUCCAGUCGAAGAAUGGAGGACCUGCUCAAUCAAAGGGUACAGGAGAAAGACCUGCUGAUUGAUCAGCAAGAGAAAACCAUUGUCAGUCAAAAACACACGAUGACUGAGUUAAAAACAGAAGAGCAGUCUUUGGUGAAAACACUAAUGGAGAAGAACCAAUUAAUAUCUGAACAAACUGCUGUUAUUAGUGAACAUGAGAGGUCCUUGAGCCUUCUCAGAGAAGAACUGGUUCAUGUGUCUAAAGUUUCGGAUGACAGUGCCAUCCAACAGUCAGAUGAGAAGGACAAAAUUAUUGCCGAUCACAAGAGAGUCUUGUCUGAACGUGAAUGCUCUAUCGCUUUGCUUGAAGACGAGCUGGAAUUUUCUCAGAAGCGCCUGAAGGAAUUUGAACAGCAAGUAGCUGCAAAAGAAUUGGAGCUUGAAAGAUGCUUGGACGAGUUGGAUAGCUCAAGAAGUAGUUUAAACGACUGCAGAAGUGAACUGGAGAGCUACAAACUAGAGUUGGAAAAGAAGCGAUCAGAAUUUGAGAGCUGUAAAGGUGAACUCGCAAACUCAAGGCAAAAAGAGCGAAUGUCUUCGGAAGAGGUUAUGCAACUAAUGGCGACAGUGGAGGAUCUGCAAAAACGCUGCCACCAGGAAAGUUUGUCUGAAAGUGAUGCCAUCCAAAAAAUGACAGAGGAGGCUGAGAAGAAGAAUGAACAUCUGAGAGCUGAGUUGGAUGAGAUGUAUGGCCAGCAAAUUGUGCAGAUGAAGCAGGAGCUUCAUUUGCAACAUUUAGCAGCACUGGAACAGAUAAAAGUUGAGCAUGACACUAAAGUUCAGCGUCUCAUGUCGCAAAAUUCGGUCGAAGUGGGUAAUCUCAAUGCUAACAUCAGGGACUUGCAUGACACUUUAGAGCAAACCAAAGCAAUUCAUGGUGAAACUAGUCAGAAACUAGAUCGAGUCACUGAAGAGAAGAUGCACUUGCAGAAUAAGGUGGAGAGUCUUCUUGAAGAUAUCCACUCGAAUCAAGAAAAACUGGAGCUUGUGUCUCUCAGGCUAAACUCUCAGGAAAACCAACAAGUUGAAUUCCAGCAACUUCAGGAGACCAUUUAUUGUUUGAAGCGUGAGCUGGCCACUGUUAAAGAAGCUGCCCAAGAGGAAGAGUCCAAACAUGAAUCAGAAAUAACCAACUACAAGAUUAAGCUAGAGAUGUUGGAAAGGGAGAAAGAUGCGGUGCUUGACCGCAUGGCAGAGUCACAGGAAGCUGAGCUGGAACGUCUCAGAACUCAGCUUUUGUUUAGUCAUGAGGAAGAGCUAACCACUCAACGCGAAGAACUACAGAGAGAGGGCUACCUAAACACAGAAAACCUCUUGAAUGAAGCUGCAAUCAAACAUGAAGCAACGUUGCAUGAGCUGCGGUCAAAAUAUGAUCAACAAAUUAUUUCGUUGCAAAGAGAGAAGGCAGAUGCCGCCACAGAAAAAGAUGAGCUCCUGCACCAAAUCCUCGACCUUAAAGAAGAUCUUAAGCUUGCUUUGCACAACUCUAAAUCAGAUGAACUGGUUCAACAACUUCAGGAACUUCAAGUAGAGCUUGAAGAUCUUCGGAAGGAAGGAGAAACAAGAAUGAGAAUAGAAAACGAAAUGCAAACGUUACUGAAAAAGAAAGACUUGCUUGAAAAUCAAGCACAAGAGAGAGAGCAAUGGUGGGUGAAUAAAUGUCAGGGUCAUGAGCUGGAGAUCGCUAAAUUGCUUGAAUCCAACAGUGCUUUCAAAACAGAAUUGAGCUUGAAGGUGUCAGAGAUUGAAAAACUGUCAUCUGAAAGAAAAUUAAUUGAGCAGAAUGUAGUUGAACUGAAUGAGGAAAUCGAAAAGCAGAAGAUAACAUUCUCUGUUGCAGAAAAGAACUUUAAGGUGAACUGUCAGGGCCUGGAGGAUGAGUACAAAUGCCUCAUUGAGACAAAAACAAAAUUAGAAGAAACCAGACUGAAGGAGGCUUUGGAGUUACAAGCGCAAAUUGCCAGUCUUCAAAAACAGAUUUCAGAAACCGAGGAGAGCAAGAGGGAAAUGAAAACAGAAAAUGUAGCAAUUUUAGAGAAAGCUAUGACAGAACUCAUGGAGAAACUUAAUGUUACACUGAGCGAGAAGGAGAGCUUGACGCUGACACUCUCUCAAGUUAGAGAGAACCUGGAGUCUUCAAAGGUCAAAAUGGGACAGCUGGAAGAAGACCUGUUGAAGGUAAAACAAGAAAAUGAGAAUUUCAUCCACCUGAAUCAAACUUUGGACAGUGAAGUAAAAAAGAUGAAAGUGGCUUCAAUGGAAUCUUCAAAAGAAGAUGAGCAGCAACAAGAAAAGCCCCUGGUUUGUUCUGUUAAAGAUCAUCACCUUCAGAUACAAUCCCUCCAAGAAAAGAUUGAUGCUCUCGAAUCGCUCCUACAGGCAGCUGAGUCUGAGAGAGACAGUAUCAAGCAAACACUGGAGCGUCACAGACCUCCGCCAGCCUCCGUUUCAGCAGCAGCACAGUCCUCCCAGGAGGCACCUGUUGAGGGGCGAUCCUCCCCUCAGAAGUCUGCUGCCUCAGGAUCUAACAGGCGAAAGAGACGUCAGAGGUCAAAACAGGAGCGUAAACUCGGAGCAGCUCUAUCAGACUGCAACAGACAGAGGGAGGAGGAAGAGGAGGCAGCGUUGGAGGAAGAGAGAGCUAGUGCUGCAGAGCAAGAGAUGCAGUCGCUGAUAAAGAGCCAGGUUGUGUCACACGCACAAGAGAAAACUGGUGAAGAGGACUCAACUGAUGGACACCAGGGCGACGGACACUUCACUGUUAAACAGGUGAGCGGACAUGAGAUUGGCCACCGCAUGGAGUCUGUCAUGGGCCAGGGGUCAAUGGAUGAGCAAGUCCUCUCUUCUCAUGAGGAGUGUGUCCUGCACUUGCAGGCACAGCGUGUCAGCCUGACCCAGAUCCAUGCAGCCCAACUUGAACUUCUACAGGAGGAGAUGGAGACUCGCUCUAGUCUACAUGAGCUCAAACCGGGAGAUGGUGAUCCAGAGGAACAGACAAGACCAGCAGCUUCCCCUGAUUCUUUGGAAUUGCAAAGAAUGAGGAUGGAGGCGCAAGAGAGGCAGCAGCAAAUGGAAGAGCGUCACAGGCAGGAGGUGGAGCGUCUUCAAGCUCAGUUCCAGCAACAAGCUGUUGAACGAGAGGAACGCUACACAACAGAGCUUCUCAAGCUGCAGCAGCAGCUGCAGGCAGUGACACAACACGGUCCGUCUGGUGUUCCUGAGGCUACAUCCCCAAAGAGUGGAGAGCUCAAGCACGAGCUGGACGAUGAGGAGUUGUCAGCGGUGGGCGUGGAGUUUCACUGGCCUGCUAGGCCAGCUGACUUGACAGCGCAGCUGCAGACAUUGAGGAGAGCACUGUACAACAAGUAUAUGCAAGAAGUAGCCACGCUGAAAGAGCAGCAUCGACAAGAGAUCGUCAGACUUGCAAAACAAGUAGAGGAAGAGAGAAGAAAACGGAAAGCCACAGACAAAACUGUCGAGACUAAUCAGGACUCUGACCGUACAAGUGGGACUGAAGUGGUUUUAAGCACCUCCAAUGCUGAACAGCAAAGCGGACUUGAUGAAAAGCAGCACUUGCAGCGGGUGGAGGAAGAAGUUGCUAAGGCCAUAGUUCAGAUGUCUGUUGAGUUUGCUCAUCAGACGGAAUUGGCCAGAAUCAACAAGCUUGCUUGUCAGACCACUGCCUCCAUGCAGACAAAGUCAGCUGAACUGGAUGGGGAGGAGACCAUGCCUGAGAAUCAGACCUUGCACGCAUGGAAGGAGGUGGAGAACGAGCGUCUUGUGAAAGAGCUAGAAGACAGAGAUGCACAGAUCCAAAUGUUGAAGGAAGCACUGACGAAAACUCAACCUGAACAUAACCUGCAGAAGAAAGAUGGUGAAGAAUAUGAGGAUGACUUGGGUGUUGGACACACCCAAAAGGAGAGUUCGCGGAAAUCUCCACUGGACAUUGAGGAACGUUUCUGUCAAGACAGUGAAAGCAAACUUCUGAGAGCCAAUGAGAAACUAAGUCAGGUCCUGGUGGAGGUUCUGAAGACUACUGCUGCUGCCGAGCAAACAAUGGGGCUGCACAUGCAGACUGUGCAUGAUUCUAUCAGCAAAGCUCAGAAAGCUGCGGCAUCCUUCGACAUCACAGCUGUUAAGUCUGAUCCACCUCAAGAUGCAGGUCAAUCCACAGAAAGUUUCCUUGGCAGUGCAACAACCACAGCGUCCUUCUGGUCCAGAGAACCAGAGACUGACCAGGGCCUGGAGAUGUCCCAGCAUCUGAUAGACAACCUGCUUUUGGGAGUCGAACCUCAGCUUGAGAAUGAGGAGCAUCUGAUGGGCAUCAGCGGCCGGCUGCAGACAGCUUUGGAGAAGAUGCUGAUGACCAUCACAGACACUACCAACCAGCUUGAACAUGCCCGGUUGACUCAGACUGAAUUGAUGCGGGAAUCUUUCCGCCACAAUCAGGAAAUCAACGAUUUGCUUCAGAAACAGGAGGAACUCCAGUUCCGAUUAGCCGAGGAGGCCCGGGCUAGAGAGCAGCUGGCACUGGAGCUCCACCGCGCAGAAGGACUGAUUGAUGGAUAUACGGGUGAGAGAGCUGCUUUGGAGGAGCAGUUGCGUCAGAAGGAAGAGCUCCAGUUAAACCUGGAGCAAGAUCUGCAGGUAACAGGCAGUCGGCUGCAGGAGUUGGAGCAGGAGCGACUGCAGAUGCAGGAGGAGCGUGAGUUGUUGUCACGACAACAGGAUGCGAUGCGGGAGGAUGCUGGGCCUCGCGAACUUCGCCUAGUUGAAGCUGCAAUGGUUGCAGCACCUGAAGCAGACUUGUUGGAAGAAACAGAGAAACUGAUGAAGGAGAAGGUGGAGGUCCAGAGGCAAGCAGAAAAGGAGAACACUGACCUCCUGAAGCAGAUGAAAUUGCUGGAGGCAGAACUGGAGGAGCAGGUCAACAGAGUGAUAGAGCUGGAACAUGCUCAGAAGACGGAGACUGGAGACCUGCAACAACAAAUCCAAGCUCUGGAGAAGCAGCUGGAAAAGAACCGCAAGUUUCUUGACGAACAAGCGGUAGAUCGAGAACAUGAGAGGGACUUCUUCCAGCAGGAAAUCCAAAAACUAGAACAUCAGCUAAAGAAUCCUCAGAAGGUCCAAACUGGCUCGGAGCAAAAACACAGAGAGGUGGAGCAGCUGACCUCUCAGCUGAAGGAGAAGGCAGAUUGGUGCAGCGAGCUUCUGCUCAGCUCGGAGCAGCUGCAUCGUGAUUUGGGAGAGCGCGACGAGGAGAUUGAAAAACUGGAGAGUCGCAUCCGAGAGCUGGAGCAGGCCCUGCUGGCCAGCACCGAGUCCCUGGAGAAGGUGGAGCAGAAGAAACAGCAUGCAUCCAUCACAGAGGCAAAACAGCAUACACUGGAGGCGCAGUUACAAACAGAACGAGAAGCUCUGGAACGGAAGGAAAAAGAGAUCUGUAACCUGGAGGAGCAGCUGGAGCAGUUCAGGGAAGAGCUGGAGAACAAGAGUGAGGAGGUGCAGCAGCUUCAUAUGCAGCUGGAGAUCCAGAGGAAGGAGAUAUUCAGCCAGCAGCAAUACUUAGAGACAAGGGAAAACAUGCUGCAGGUGAUGGAGGAGAAGGACAGACAAAUAGCACUUCUUAAUGAACAGAUCACUAAGCUCCAACACAUGGAAACAUCCUCUGAUAACAAGGCCCUGGACGACAGAGAAGAGGCCAUAAAGGAUUUGGAGUCUGAGGUGCAGUGUCUUCGUAGUGAGCAAGAGCGCUUGAAGAGGGACAAUGAGGAGGAACUAGAGCAAUUGAAUGCUGUCAUUGAGAAACUUCAGCAGGAGCUGGUCAAUAUUGAACAGAAACAAGCUGUGGAAGUAGAAGAAGAAGAAGCAGAUGAAACCAAGGUUGAGCCACAAGAUGAGGUGGUUGGACCAAGUCAGGAUGAAUAUGAUGAGAUGAAACAAAGGAUGGAUUCUGCCACCAAAGAGCUGAGUAAUCUGAAGUCCGAACACUGUAAGCUAUUGGAGACAUAUUUGCGGUUAAAACAAAGUGCAGAAGCCUUAGCUGAAAGUGAAAAUCCAGAAGGUGCCAAUGAUGAUAUUGAAGAAGCACUCCGGGAAAAAACUGCUGGACUUGUGGUCAUGCAAGCCCAAGUUCAAGCUCUGGAGAAGAGCGCCUCAUCCAGAGUAGAAGAACUAGGCUCUCGCAUUCUAGAGCUUGAGGAUAUUUUAGCUGAAAAGGAGAAUGAGUUGAGUCGCUGUCGUCUCCUGCUGGUGGAAACGCAGAACAGUGCAGAUGGACUCCAACAGAAGGUGUCUAAACUGGAGGAAAACCUGAAGGAGAAAAUGGCUGCGGUUCUUGUCAGUCAGGCUUCUCUUGAAGCUUUCCAGCAACAGCAGCUGUCCAAUGAUGACCUGCAGAGCCAUGUGGAUGUUUUUAACUUAGCUAUUCCUCAAAUGGGCCUGAAUGUAAGUCAAGCUCCUACAUGGAAGGUAGUCCAUCUGACACAGAAACUUCAGGAGCUGGAGGUGGGUCUCAGUGGGAUUCAGAAGGACCAGGAACUUCAGGAGCAGCUGUUGUCCAGUUCUGAAGAAGAGGUGAUGGAGUAUGAGAAGAGACUGACAGUUCUCAUUGACCUGCUGAGUCAGAUGACCAAGACACAACAGAAGACUACUGAGGGCUCCUCUGCUGAUGGUCAACCAUCUCUGUCAGAGCUGCAGCAAGAAUUGCAGGAGGUCAGAGAAGAGGCCAAGGUCACCAAAGAUCAGCUGGAACACUACAAAGAGAUGUGCACAAAUCUUCAGCAAGAACUCCAAGAAAAGAACAACAUUGUCGAAAAACUACAAGAGGAGCUUGAAAUGGUGUCGUCUGAAGAUAAAAAUGAAGCUCACGCAUCACAUCUACAGAAUGUUUUGAUGAAAGCCCAGAACGAAGCCUCUGCCACCAAAGAAGAUCUGAAUAGCUGCAAUGAGAAAUUGGACAAGUUGGAGGAGUUACUUCAGGAGCGGCAAAUGACCAUCGCUCAAAUCAAAGGAGAGUUUUCAGAGCAGAUGGGUGCUGAGGAAGAAAUUGGUGAUCUGGCGAUGCUCACACAAGAACUCCAACAAGCCCAGAGUGAUGCAGAGUCAGCCAAGGAGGAGCUGAGUAUUUAUAGGCAGAAGACUGAGAAUCUCCAGGAGGAACUUGAAGUCCGCGAGGCUUCGAUUUCAAAGCUCAAAGAAGAGCUUGAAGAGAUGAAGAAGGAUGUGGAAGUCACCAAAGAGAAGCUGAACAGCUACAAGCUGCACAAUGAGACACUGCAGGAGAGCCUCAGUGAGCGAGAACUUGCAAUCACUGGACUCAACAAGGAGCUGCAGGAAGUCAGAUCCGCCCUGAUAAAGGAGCCCUCAUCUCCAUCUCCGUCACCUCAGCCACUUUCAUCAUCAUCUUCAUCCUCCUCUACAACUCAGCUUAAGAAGAAAGCAAGCAAACAGCCCCCUGCUGCGAAAGGAGGAAGCAUAAAAGACAAACCUUCCCUGGCCAGAAAGAGCUCGGCCACGUCGAGCCUGCCCUCCGAUAAAUCCCACUGCAGUGCUGAACAACAACCCACAUCUGUGACACACUCCUUCACUCAGACUGAGGAGCCUGAUUGUAGGACUCAUUCUAAUGCAGCCAAAGACGAGGUGGAGGAGGUGGUGUCAGAGUUCCAGGAGAAGAUAGUCCAGAUGCAGGAGCUGCAUGCAGCUGAGAUCCUAGACAUGGAGGCCCGACACAUUUCAGAGAGUGAGAGUCUGCGCAGGGACAUCCAGACCCUGGAGGACGAGAGCAAGGCCCUCAAGUCGGUUAUUGACAAGCUGCGCUCUGCUGAGACCCCGAUUUCCAGACAAGAACGUCUUGCUUCACAGUUUAAGGACGGCUACACAAGUGACAGCAGCUCGGACUACAGCCAACGGACUGGAUACGAACUCCAUAGCCUGCAGCAGGAGCUCAGGACAACACCAGAGGGCGCUAGAAGAGAGCCGGACAAUCCAUUACCAGACAGAAUUAAGACGUUGCUGCGGGAAGUUCACCAGGAGGGAAUGCAGGUUCUUUCUCUGUCAGAACUUCCGCUUCCUGAAGGUGAAAUGAGCAGCCAGUCUCACUUCCAGGGCUGGCUGAAGGAACGAGAUGCUCUACUUUCCACAGUGGACUCUCUCAAAGGUUUAAUCAUCCAGAUGCAGACACAGACUUUGCACAAUGAAGACUGGCGUGGGGAGCUUUUGGAUUCGGUCCGGCAGGUAUUUGUCCGGGAGCGUGGCGUCCUCAAGAGUGCCCUCUAUAGCCAGUUAGACCAGCUGGACACCAAUGAUGCCAUUAUACACCUGAAUCAGCUGGAGCACAGACUGGCAGAACUGGAUGGCCAACACAGAGAGGGAAUGGCUGCACUCCACACCGCAGACAGAUCCAGCCUGAUGUCUGAGGUCCAUCAUCUGCGUGCUCAGCUGGCGAGCCUUCAUCAAUACCCUCAGACUUUCAGCGUUCCCAGCGAGAAUCAGCGCGCAGCAGAAGAGGCCACAGACAGAGCCGUGGACGCAGAGAGGGUGAUAGUGGAGGAGCUCAAGAGUGAGCUGUCUCAGACUAAACUGGAGCUGGAGACAACACUCAAGUCUCAGCACAAACAUCUCAAGGAACUGGAGACUCUCAGGUCUGAGUUAUCUCAGAAGGCCUCAGUGGUAGAUGAGCUGAACGAUCAGCUCCUGGAGGAGAGAAAGCGGAGCCGUGAUCUCCAGUGGACCAUAGAGAAGGAGAAAUGCAGAACUGGGAGAAGUGAGAUCACUGAAAGGGAAAAAAUGGAGGAUUUGCAGCUCGAGGUGGAAGAGCAGAGAAACCGUGUUGCUGAGCUGACCUCUGACUUGGAGAGGGAGCGAAAGACGUCCUCACAGCUUCUCCAUCAGUCAGAAGAAGAACGUCUAAACAUGCGCAGACACUUUCAGGAGCUGCAGGUCCAGCUGGAGACAGAGCGAGCCAAAGUCCAGGAGGUGACCACUGCUUUGGGCAGAGAGAGGGAUCUGCGUGUUGAAAUUGCUGCUGAGUCUUCUGAGAGUCAGCCUGCUGAGGAGAGAGGAGGGACAAGUGCUGAGCAGAAGGGUUUGCUGGAGAGACUGCAGAUAGAGCUGCAUGACAAGCACUCACAGGUGGUUCACCUCCUCACGGAUCUGGAGGAACAAAAGCUGGAGGUUGUAAGAAAAGACGAGGAGCUGACAUUAAUGAGUCACCAGUCCAAUCGUGACAAAGAGGCCUUGCUGGAGGCCAAGGCCCAGUUGGUGAGCCUGGACGGCAGGCUUUUGGAGGUCCAGGAGCAGCUGGUGCAAGAACUGGAAAGGAUAAAGAGCUUAGAGGAGGAAAAGGAGAGACUCGCGGAACAAGUCUCCCAACAAGAAGAGUUGGAAGGCAACAGAGCUCUUCACACUGAGAGUCUUAGUCAGUCCUCCGAUCGCACCAAAGACUGGGUAAUCCAGCAGAAGCUUGGAAGUUCUCCAACAGUCGGCUCUGCUGUGGAUUACAGCGGGUCACAUCAGGGCCCCUGGCGCACCGCUGACAAAAUCCUGAGCAAGUUGCUCCUGGUUUCAGCAAAACUGCGGGGCAUGGCUAGCAAAGCCACAAGCAGAGCAAACGUUGACGUCAACAGCGAUGAGUUGUUGUUGGUCCAGUCCAGUGUAGAUGAUGUCAUCACCAUGCUGCAGCAGUCUUCUGCGCUACCGUCUGUCCCUGAGAACGUGUCGCUGUUGGCCGCAGGCUCCCUCAGCUCCUCCAACACCCUGACGGAGCGCCUGCUUCGUCAAAAUGCGGAAUUGACUGGUUUUGUCAGCCGCCUGACGGAGGAGAAGAACGACCUGAGGAACCACACGCUUCGCUUGGAGGAAGAGCUCCGGCGCUACCGACAAGCUGCGCUCAUUUCCCAGGACAGCUUCAGCACCAGGAAGAGUGGGGUGAAAGGGGAUUCAGCAGGUCUGCUGCUGACUCAAGAGAGAGAAGCUUGGGCUCGGGAGAAGAGCCGUCUGGAAAAAGCUUUACAGCUGUCGCACACGCAGCUGGCCCGAGUCAAGAUGGAGCUCAGGAGCGACACAGAGCGGGAGAUCACAGGACCUGAGGCCGACAACGUAGCUCUGAAGAGGAUGUAUGGGAAGUACCUGAGGUCUGAAAGUUUCCGAAAAGCUCUCAUCUACCAGAAGAAGUAUCUGCUGUUGCUGCUGGGCGGCUUCCAGGAGUGUGAGGAGGCCACUCUGUCACUGCUCUCCAGAAUGGGCGGUCGGCCGUCCGUCUCUGACCCGUACAGCCAGCACAGGCGUGGGCUGAUGCGCUUCCGCUCCGCCGUGCGAGUCUCCAUCGCCCUCUCCAGAAUGCGUUUCCUGGUGAAACGUUGGCACCGGGCGACGGGGAUGAGCUCCAGUUCGCCAGACCACAAGCACGGGUCCCCGGCGCUCACAGGCAAUGAAGGCAGAGACUCGCACUACCUUCACCCCAGCAGCGUCGAAGUCUUCAGAGAAAGAGGGCGCUCAGGGGGAGGAGGAGGCUCCAGCAGACGGAGCGGACGGGAGUCCCCGAGAUCUGGCGUCUCACCGACACACCACAGGUUCCACUCAAGUGGAGACCCCGGAGCUCUCACCUGCUCACACCUGCAGAGCUACGACCCGGACCGAGCUCUGACCGACUACAUCUCUCGACUGGAGGCUCUGCAGAGGCGGCUGGGCAGCGUGACGUCGGGUGCAUCUUCAUAUGCUCAUUUGCACUUUGGUCUGAGAAGAUGAAACACUGGGCGGCCAUUGUGGCGUGAAGACACUGGGUUGCCUUCUCUUGUGCUGAGCUGUUUUCUGUCAUUCUGCAAUGAAUCAUCUUUCCACUUGGACCAAACCUUUUUUUUUUUUUUUUUUUUUAAAUAGCAUUCGACUGUCACUGUUUCAGGCUGUUUUGUUGCCAGCACUUGAAAAAAGGUUAAAUGAUUUGUUGCGUUUGAUUUGCAAUCAAGUCUUUGUGUUUAAAUGCUAAUUUAAAAACCUUGUGAUUAAUUUAUAUGUUGAGUGGGUGGAGAAUGUUUGGGUGUUUGAAUCUGUCGAGGACGGCUGCUACUGGAUAUUCUACACUACACUGUGUUUUGUUUAGACAAACCGACGACAGAGGUCAUUUGUAGAGAAAGUAUUUUUCUAAAGCCGAUAGGUGCUUUGAAUUUCUUUGUAUUUUAUGAAAAACUGAAAUAAAGACGAGUACAAUGUU